AGAACUGGUGAAGUUGAAGUCUAAACAGAUCGAAGUACUGUAAAUUUCCUUCAAACAAAUACUGAAAAGUAGUGCUGAAUGCUACAAGACAACGAUGCAAAUUCCGGUGACACAAUUCUUAAAAGAGCAAGUAUUCUAUCAAAUAUUCGUCAAGUGUACACCAUGACUUGUGAUGGUUUUCAUCACUCCGUAGUUUCUGUCUAUGUGGAUACAACUAAGUACAAACUGUCCCAGUUUCUUUAAGAGCCAAGGCUAAAUCUGUUUAAAGAUAAAGAUUUGCAAGUAACAAACAAAGGAUACAAAGGAUGUGAAAAGAACAACAAGAAAUGGCAGUAACACCACUAAACAGUGACUGUAAAGACAUUCAGGGCAGCUGUGAGUUUGUGGAAUUGAACAUUGAUUUACAAAAUCUUUGUCUUAGAGGAGUUUAUGUAACAAACAAUGUUAAGUGUUUUGAAAGAUGUAAGGGCAUAGUUGUAAAAAGCAAAACCAAUGCACUGCUUCCUUUAAAACAUGUUUCCGAACGCAAUGAAAUUGUGCAUUUUACAAAUGAAGAAGGUGCUGACAAAUUCAUGCAUAUUAUAGGCACAUUUGGGUAUAGUGCAGCUUUGCAAAAUCAUAGAUGCACUAUAGAAAAGAAUCAAACUGGUGAUCUACAUACAUUUUAUAAUAGAUCCUCAUUUUGUAUUAUAAAUAUCAGAGAAUGGACGCCCAAUAUAAAGGAUUUAUCUCUAUCACGCCUAGCUAUUCGAUCUUUACAAGAUAUUGACAAAAAGCUAAUGGGUAAAGAUGAAGAAAAAAAAUCAGCACAGGACGAUUGUAUAUCUUUCUUUAAAAUGUUCGGGACACACGUGUAUCUAGCAAACGUUACUGUAGGUGGGAUAUUUUCAAUUAGCGCCCAAACCGCAUUACAGAAAGAUGAUGAUGCAGAAUCGACAAAGGACUUAGUCCAACAAGUUCACAACAAAGCUAUUUCUGGUCAUUUAAUCAAAGAUACUAUGACAGAAAGUAGAGGAAUGAAAGAGAAUGAGGAAGAAAAGUCCAUAUUUAGAACGAAAAUUGGCAUCGCAUAUAAAAAAUUCGGAGGACCCCAAAUUACGCACGACUUCACAGAGUGGAAAUCAGAGUUAAUGGAAAAUCCAAAGACCUGGACUGUAAGUGACAUGGGGGAAAUUUCAUUCAAAAAUUGUAUUGGAAUCUGGUCUUUAGUGAAAAGGCAUAGAAGAUUUUUUUCUAACGCAGAAGAGUUGUCGUGUUGUUUAGCACAAGUUUGGAUGGAUCAUGUUGCUCAUGGAAUUGACUCUAAUCAUCUGUUGAGAUGCUCAUGGCAGAGCUUUGUUGAAUCUUUGCAGUCAAAAUUACCAAUACCCUCUUCAGUCAGUUUGUAUCUGGAAUCCUUAAGGCAUUUACUACAUUUUUUAGAAGAUAAUGUGACCCUAGUUGGAAAGCCAAUGGUUACCAAGGCGGUAAAUGUUUUUUCAGAGAAUUCCGUCCAGACGUUAUUCAAAGAAAGUGCAAAAUACAAAACGCCCAAACAUAUUUGCUUUCAAAUUCUCACUACCAAAUUAAAAAUUCUGCAAAUAGACAACGGGAAAUCAUCAGCGUUUGGUGCUUCAUGGAUUGCAUCAGACUAUUUCAUUCCUGGUAUGUUAUCACACAGAGAAUUGGAUAACGUUGGAGAGUUGUUGAGUUUAUUAGAAUCUGAGCUUUUACCGGGGAUUGCUGUUCUGCAAGAAUACAAUGAUGUUGAUCUCAAAAACGUACAAUCAUUAGCAAACACUGAACUAAAAGAAACUGUACAAAAUUUCUUCCAGAGUCUGAUAGAUAGAAAGAAAUACAGCGAUGCCCUGCUUCUUCUCGUCCUCUGCAUAUCCAUUGGGUAUCACUACAAGGGAGAAAAGGUUUCAGCAGAUAUCACAUCCGAACUUCUGGAAACUUUUAUAUCAUCAGCAAAAGGAGAAAUUUCUCUGGCUAAGAAGCACAAGAAUCGGGAAAGUCACGAAGCGUGGUUAUUGUUGAGAAUGAUUUUCAAACUCGACACAAAUUAUAGAAUGUAUGAUGAUUCCAUUGUACUUGCGGACGAAAUUAACACAUUUGUUUCCUUUCUGAAGGAAAAAGGUUUCAUAUUUCAUUCAACCAUAAAUAAUGCUAUCGAUUCAGAGCAGGGACAAGCUUUCGCCCAUAGAGUUAUUCAAUCAUUAGCAAAAAUAUCCAAAUUUCCUUGUGAGCUGUUUGAUGACGUAACUGUCAAAUCAAUAGAUUCUAAAACCACAGAAAGUUCUCCUAAUAACGGCAAAUAUGAUGCAUUUCAUUCUUUAAUAGAAACAUUUGGAAUGGAAAAGUUCUUUCCACAAAAACUUUCAACUGAAGAUGCUCUGAAGUUGAGUGAUGCCUUGGUGACUAGUCCAAAGACUCUGAAAGAUAUACCAUGGGCUAUAUUUCGGCAUGCCAUAGCCAUCAACUACAAUUUCAGGGAAAAAAUUAUGUCGGACUUUUUGAAAAAGUCAAAUACUGCCCAACCAAAGAGGGGGAAGCAGAAUUCAAAAAAGAGACACAACCCAAUGGAUGUUUUUCUUGCUCUUUGGCAUUGUUGCGAUCCAUUUCUGAAAAAAAUCCUUGCUUCAAAAAUCACCACCUGUCAACUUGCUCUGCCUUUCAUAUACGAGGAUAUAACAUCCAGAGAUCAACUAACUAUAUCACUUUGGCCAAUUCGUGAUAUAUUCAUUGACGACAGUCCGGAUUCUGUUUUGACCAAACCUCUAAAAACUGUUAGUUUUAUAAGGGUUGGAGAUUUGAAGUCAAUAUCGAAAUCAAGAAUAAUAAAUAAACUGAUCAGGGGAGAGAAUAAUGAACAUAGUACUUUUUACCACAGAGAUUGUGCCCUGGCAUCAAACAAACGAUUAGUUUCUAACGGACUCGUUGAAAUUACUUGGUAUGUACCUAAAGCAAACAAUGAUGAUGAUGAUGAUGAUGAUGAUGAAAAUUCUACUGAAAUAGGGGAAGAAUUGGACGGAAUAUCUCAACCAAUAUGCAUCUUGAAUAUGCGGGGAGAUGCAACAGGGUUUAGCACCCAGCUGUUAGCGUUACUCACACUUUCAGAUGUGGUAGUUGUCAUGUCUGAAUUUGAAAAUCUGAAAGACGAACAAUCUCUGAAAGUGCUAAAACAAGUACACAGCAGUGCAUCAGUUCCAAUAAUCAUGACAGACUUUCCAGAGAUAGAAGGAAACCUAGAGGAGGAAACGGAGGAGGAAAGUGAUGGGAAGGAGGAGGAAAAGGAAUGCGAAGAGGAAAAGGACGAAGAAGACAUAUCACCAGGAGAACAUUAUGGAGAAGAUUUACAUCAUUUUUACAAAGAACAAACGGGUUUAAAUCAUCCGAACACAUUAUUUCUUUCCACAUUGGAUAUGGGAAAGGCAUUAAAUGAAAGUGAUCUAAAAGACAGUUUGACUACGCAAAUUAUAUCAGCAUUAAGGCGAAUCAAAUUUCCUGAAAGCCUGGAGAGGAAGGCAAAGUCAUUGCCAACAUUCGUUGCAAUAGAUGAAGAUAAUGCAAACUCAAAACACGGGUGGAAUUUAAGUGAAACAGUUUUUGCAGAUGUUGAAUUCUCAGCAAAUAUGACGCUUCGGAAACCAAUAAAAGACAUAGUCCUUCCAUUACAGGGAGAGCAUAUAUGGCACGCAUGGUGUUUGGAAGAAAAACAGUCUUUUCGUUCAGGAAAAAACAGUGUUUUAGAAAACACACAUCAUAAAAAUGUGAUGAAGACUCUAAGACUGUGGCAGGUAAUGUAUGGUCUGGAGACUCAAAAUACAAUUGUGAAAUUUGUAAAUGUUUUGGCAAAUCAUAUCGAUGAUGAACGAACCAUUACGUAUUUUCUGCAAUAUAUGAAAUUCCACAUGGACUGUCAAUCCCGACAUGUCAUCCCUAAGCUUUCCAACGAUCUCUAUAAAGCUUUCAGAAAAUAUGAAACUUUGAGAUCACAAAGUGGCAUCGACAAAAAUAAGAUAGAAACAUUGAAGUCUCAAAUUAAGAGCGCGGAGGAAAAUCUGGCUAAGGCUUCGUUCGGUUUAGAGCAUUUUUUCCGAGAAAUGGGACAAUUUUAUGAGUCAUUCAUGUAUUGCAGUGAAGUAAUGUUCAUUCAAGUAUCGAGUAAAACAAAAAUUGUCAUACAGAAAAUGCCAGAAAUUGCUGCUAAACUUCUUUCCUGGGGUCAUCCACUCGAGAUCAUGGACGGAGAUGCGGCGUCGGUUCCAGAAUCUUGGAUUAAAGCUGUAUUCAAGGAGAUAAAAUCGAUCAUUGGAGAAAAUAAAACAUUGUAUGUUAUUUCAGUUUUGGGAAUUCAAAGUUCUGGCAAAUCAACUCUGUUGAACACAAUGUUUGGUCUACAAUUUUCUGUUAGUGCUGGAAGAUGCACACGUGGAAUAUAUGCGCAACUUAUCCCUGUUGACAAGUCACAAUCUAGUCUAAAGUUUGAUUAUGCUUUGGUUAUAGAUACAGAAGGAUUAAGAGCUCCAGAGUUAGCAGGUGAGAAGUAUAAUCAUGAUAACGAGCUUGCAACGCUUGUCAUAGGCCUAGCAGAUGUUGCGCUGGUCAAUAUAAAGGGUGAGACUAUAGCUGACAUGCAAGAUGUGCUUCAAAUUGUAGUUCAUGCCUUGAUAAGGCUAAAGAAUGCAAAUGAGGAUCUGAAAAUCAAGCAAUCGUGCGUUUUUGUUCAUCAAAAUGUGUCGGCGUCCAAUGCAGGAAAAAGCACUUUUCAAGGUAGUCAGAAGGUUACAUCAGUCUUGGACGAAAUGACAAAACAUAUUGCUGAGCAGGAAAAGAUGGCAAAUAUCACGCGUUUCACUGAUGUUAUAUCUUUUAAUCCUGUUGAAAAUGUUAUACACGUGCCAGAUUUAUGGCAAGGCAUUCCUCCAAUGGCUCCUGCAAGUCCUGAAUAUAGCAAGAAGGUUGUUCAAGUCGCUAAAUGCAUUCUAGGUAACAUUUGUGAAAAUAAAACAUGCUUUCUCAAUACUGAGAACACAAGUCUUCACGUACACAAUCUUUGGAGAGGAAUUCUUUCAGAAGACUUUGUAUUCAGCUUUAGAAAUGCUUUGGAAGUGAAAGCAUUUACAUCGUUGGAAAUGAAAUUUCAGAACUUUGUUUGGACUUUAGAAGAAUUAAAGUUGCAAUUUCUUCAAAAGCCAUUAGUUCGGAUAGGAUGCAGCGAAACAUCAGGAAAGCUUCAACGUACCAUCACAGAUAUUAGAGCCAGUUUUCAUGAAAGCCUUCUGGAAAAAACAGAUGAAUGUGACAAAGAACUUCAAAAGUUUUUUGAUACAUCUGAUUUAAGUAAUUACAUGAUACACUGGCGAGCACGCAAAACAGAAGAACUUAGAGCUAUUUCAAAGAAAAUAGAAACUGAAAUAGAUACGAAAAUUGAAAGUGAAAAGGGGAAAUGUGAAGCACUUUUUCAAAGCAAUGAGAAAUUGUCAUCAGUCAAAAAAAAGGUAGCCAGCAAGGCAAGUGGGUUUGCAAAGUCGGCAAAAAAUAUGACAGAUAAAAUGAGCCAGACAGACGUGAAAACCAAAUUUGAGAUUCUAUGGAAAGAAUGGCUCGAUGAUCUCGCUCCUGAAGUUUCCCAGGACACUAUUCAGGAUAAAAUAAGAGAAAUGAAAACGCAGAUCAACAAUGAAAUAAGGAAGAAAUUCUCUUAUCAAAAUGCUCUAUAUUCGAAAAUAUCAGACAGGAAAUUUUUAUCCGCAAAAUACGUGCCUAAGCUUAAGGGCUGCAUCAAGGUAACCGACAUAGAUGAAAAAGACAUCGAAGUGGCUGGUAUGAUAUAUAAAAUGAAAAAAAUGUUUGGCAAGUACCUUCCGGCCAUGAGAAAGGAAUUUCUUUCACUUAAUGACUAUUACAAGAAAGCAAAGGACAUGCUUGAUUUAAUUUUUACUCAGAUAGAGAAAUAUAUGACAACACAGAGAGAAGACGUAGAAUACAACUCGGCUCAAUUUAUUCAAGUUUUGAAGUAUAUAACAGAUGGUUUUCAUGAACAUAAUCAGAAAAGUGGUGAUCAUGAAUUCAUGGUAACAACAACACUGGAGAUUAAGACAGUACAAAUGGUACAGAUGUAUGCAAUCAAUCACUUUGAGUGGCAUAUAACGAAAUAUGAGACUGACAAUAGUUUGAGAUCAAAGAUGGCAAAAUGUAAAAAUGAAAUGGAAUCCUUGUUUGUGGGAAUGUACUUUCAAACAGCGAAUGAAGAGAUAGCAACAUCGAUCAUAUCUGAACAUCUAGAAAAUGCUCUCAAUACAAAACUGCUUAAAGACCUAUCUCACGAAAUAUGGAAGAAAGUAACCAGUGACUUUGGAAAUCGAAAGGAACCUCUCAUAAAAAAAGUUCUUACAGAUUUGGCGGAAAAACAUAAUUUUGAUGAUUACAUCCGCUACAUUAAACACCCAAAAUUUCACGUGCAGUUAUGGAUAGAAAAAUACACUAGCGAUAUCUUCGGUAAAAAAAACGAACAAAACAUUUCAGAAUUUCAGUGCUGUAUUGAGACAAAUUUAGAAAUAUCAUGCAAUACUAUACAAACGUGCGCCACGGCUGCAGGGACUGAAAGGGCAGGAAAACCCGAUAAAACACCUUGGAAGCAUUGGAUUGACUGUUUCAAAGACAAGCUUAAUACGGAAGGCUUCCACCUAUCUAAGGAUUCCUUUGAAACGCUUUUUGAACUAGAAGUGAAAAAUUUUGAAAAUCUUUUCAAAAACAUUAAGAUACAAUUGAACACAUGUGGAAAGUCCUUAUUGGCUAAAUUUAAAGGUGUGGAUGUAUCAAGUAUAAAUUGGAGGGACACUGAUCCUUAUCAAAAAAUAAUGAAGAGUCUUUGGAGUUGUGAUGAAAAUUGCCCAUGGUGUUAUGAGCCAUGCGUCGUGUCAUCAGAUAAAGAUAGGCAUUUCUGCAAACAACAUAGACCAAGUGGUAUAGCAGGAUUUCAUUGGAAAGUGACUGGGAAAUUAGUGAUCGAAUCUUGUGACUUUCAGGUUCAGGGUGACACAACGACGUCUUGUGGCAGCUGGUGCAAAUGUAAACAAAAAACUGACGAAAACCAUCCUUGUAAAGAAUAUAAAAAACAUAUGAAGGAACCAUGGGAUAUAUCUGGUUCUCCAGACAUGUCAUCUUCAAAAUACUGGAACUGGGUUUUCAGAGAAUUUGAAAAGGAUUUUGUGAAAUAUUACCAUGCUAAACCGCUAGAUUUUCCAGAAUCAGAUGCUUUCAAAGUUGAUAAAGAUAAAGCCAUAGAAAGUCUUAGUAUGUACGCAUAAAGUUCGAAUAUGUUCAGGAGAGAAAAUAGAACGAACACUAGUUUAUCUCAUAUCUGAUCAACAUAAUUUUAUAAAUAUCUUUUUCAAGAGAAUUUAAUAGAGAUGGCCAUAAAGAUUAAUAUCGUGCUCUGCUGAUAUUUUAAAUUGCUUUACAAGUAGAACUAUUGAUAGAAUCACAAACAUAUUCCCUUUAAUCCGUUUUUGGUCGGUUUCUACUUUUUGGUUUUUGGAGAGGUUUGCAGGAACUUGUAACUAAUCCCUUUGUAUAUCUAUACAAUAUAAUAAGUUCAAAUCAAAUCAUUUUCCUAUUUUGACACUUUUACACCAUAAAACCAUAAAACCGAUUUGAACAAUGUAUAUAUACCUUCUUUAUUACUGUACUCUGUUGACUCUUCUUAAUGUAUUCACAUAUUAUCAUGUUUAAUGUAUUGUUGAGCCUCCGAUUUGUAAUUUAAGCCUCAUGAAUGUAAAGUCAUAUAGCAUAACUGCCACUAACAAUUGCACAAGGAUAAUUCGGGUGUUUGUUUUUCUGUUUUUGGUUAUAAAUCUACAAGAUUUUCCUGUUAUCAAGAUUAGCAUGUAUUGAUCAUUA